GAUAAUACUCUGUCACUCACUCUGCAACACCCAAAACCACAAAAAGCUUGUGUUGAAUCCCUCCUUUUUCUAAUGUAAAGAGGUGUCUGCAUUUUAGGGAUUUGAUGCGGUUUUGCCUUCUUUAAACAAAUUCGCAGAUGAAUUGAAGUGAACAAAUGGGCAGUAUCGGAGACGUCGAUGGCGAAACCAAACCCUCUGAAAUGAGCCCAAGCACCGAUUCCGCACAUGCCGAGACCCAGCCCUUUGAAUUUGAUUCUCAGUUUCCCGAUUCUCCUUUUCCUGAUACUAUUCCUGUAGACAACAACAAUGUUUCUAUUGAAGAUGAAUUUGACUCUCAGUUUCCCGAUUCUCCUUUUCGUGGUGACGGUUGUGAUAAUGAAUUAAACUUUCUUCAAGAUACGGUUCCUGUGGAUGAUAACAAUGCUACAAUUGAAGAUGAAUUUGACUCUCAGUUACCCGAUUCUCCAUAUCGUGGUGACGGGUGUGAAAAUGAAUUAAACUUUCUUCAAGAUACGGUUCCUGUAGAUGAUAACAAUGUCCCAAUUGAAGAUGAAUUUGAUUGUCAGUUUCCUGAUUCUCCUUUUCGUGGUGAUAGAGAUGAUAAUGAGGAUGAUGUUGAAUUAAACCUUCUACAAGAUACGGUUCCUGUAGAUGAUAACAAUGUUUCAAUUGAGGAUGAAUUUGAGACCCAAUGUCUGAACCUUGGUGAGGAAACUCACAUGUUGAACAUUGGCGAUGAAACACAAGUGUUGGAUGAUUUAGAUUGCUGUGAGAAUAUGGAGACCCAAUUGUUGGAUGAAUUCAAUGUUGGAAGUUCUCUUGAUAGUGAAAGUGAAGGAACAGAUGGAACUGAGGUUUUGGAUGAUGGUGAUGAGGUCUGGGAUGAUGAGGUAGUAAUUAGCGAUCAUGUUCAAUUGUUUGGUCAGGAGGAGAAGAAGGAAUCUUCGGAGAAAUUUGAUACACCUACUGACGAACAGAGGAGUUCGGGAAUUCAUGUUCCUAAAGCAACACCGGAUGUCAAAGCUGUGUCGGAACAGGAACCUGGAUCUGUCCGAAGGUUUACUUCUGUCCGUGCAGCGUCCAUGCGGGCCUCUGGUCUUGCAGCUCGCAAUGUGGCAUUUCGACAAAUGAACAGCGAGUCUUGUUCUAUCCCAACUGAUAGUCAGUUUUCGGACCAGUGCGCAGUCGAUACUAAUGGUUUAAAUCCGGAAGUCGUGGAGAACAUUAGUCAGGCACAAGAUCAGGGUAAUUGUGAUAAGAACUCUAUCAAUUCAAGGGUUGGUUGUGCAACUGCAAGAAAACUUUUUGCCAAGGAUUGUUUUACUGAAAAUCCAGGAAUUUCUGGGAACAAUGAAAACACAGAUGCAAGAGAAGAUUUGCUCGAGGUUCCCAAUUGUGAUGGUCCAUCAGCAGGUUUAAGUUAUAUUGACUCUCAAGAACCUGGGGAGUUAUCACAAGCUAAUGCACUUAAUUUCGUGGAAAGAUUUGUAAAUGAUAAUUUGAUGGAACUUGAUGAUGAAGUUGAUUUGGGUAAGAAUACGGGGCGGAAAUCGAAACUUAUCUCAUGUGCAAAAGGGCCACAAAGCUUGGCCAAGAAAACUAUCGAAAGAAGCACCGCUGGUGAUGCUGGGAAUUUUGAAUGGGAUAGUUUUCUGGAGGAUGAUGGAGGGGGUGAUAUUUAUCAUAGAAUGAAGGAAGAAUUCUAUGGUAAUAGAAGCCAUUCGUGGAAAUCUUCUACCCACCCCCAGAAGCGUAAAGGAAGGAAACUAGAUGAAUCUUGUAAUGGAGACCAACCGAAGCCCACUGAUAAAAUUACAAUUCAUUCUGAUUCAAAAUUACUUUUGUGCAAGUCGAAAGAUAAUGACAAGAAAGAACAAGGUCAAAUGAAUUUUAGAAAAAAUCUUUCCAAUGAGUUUGAUGAACAGUUUAAUUUGGAUUCCUCGAGAGGGCAAUUGGAAGCCACUGCCACAGAGAUAGGUGCUGCUGAAGAUCCAAAUGACGUAGGUUUUGACACUCAGAUGGCUGCUGAAGCUAUAGAAGCCUUGUUCUAUGGGGAGGCGGCUACUGACCCUAAAGCUAAUCAAGGUGUCCAAAGCAUAUCCGAGGGAUCCUCUAAAGGUUCAAAUAGGGGAAAAACUGUGAAGAAAAUUUCUUCUACGUCAAGAAAGGGUGCUUCUUGCUCUGAUGUAGAUCGAUUUACGAGACGAUCCAAGAGAACUAAGCCAUGUGAAGAGUCUUCAGUUUUGGUGGAGAAACACUCCAAAAGUGUAGGGAAGGACUGUGACAUGGAGUUGUUUCUGCCAAAAUUGAAGAAAGCUAAACUUCGUGGUGGUGGAUCAAUAAGGAAGCAACAUCCUGAAGAGGUUCAUACUAGAACACCCAUUGCUCAUAGAACUGGGCAGUCAGUCAAAAAUGUGCAAAUGGCUGAGGCUCUAGUAAGUGAUUGUAGAAAAGGUAGAAAACGGAUUAAAGAAGCUGGUUUCCUUCAAGAAAGUAGAUUUGGGAGUACGGAUGUUGAGCUAUCUGAAGUGUCAAAUGCUAAAGGUCGACUCUCUAUAUUGCAUUCCAAUCAAUCCGGAGGACAUGGAAAUGGAAAUGUUAAAUUAAGUAUUGAUGUUCAUUUGGAGCUGAUUGCGAAAAGUAGUGGCUAUCAUGUAACUUGCUAUCCCAAACGAAGAAGAUCCUCCCAGAAAACGCCUGUUGAUGUUGGUGUGUCUGACAAAAGGGAAGAACAGUCCCGAAAACCUGUUCAGUCAGAUGACAAUGGGUGUCCAAUUACUGUGCCGAAAAGGUCGAGAGGAAGCAAUAAAAACACAUGCAUUAUACCAUCCACUAGGAGGACUACACAAUCAUCUGUUAAUACUUGUCCGCUUUUGCAUUUUGCAAACCAGAAUUCAGAAGGAAAAUUAUCUCAUCAAAGUUCAGAUAAACAGGUUUCAGGUGAUGAUGAUAUCAAUUGUAAUCUUACCAAGAAGAAUAGCAGGGUGAUAUCAAAGAGAAAAAUUGGGUCCGAGGCAGCUAAGCCAAUCAAGCACGCCGGUGGAAAUCCUGAUACAAUAUCUUCGUCAGAUGCUGAAAAUUUAGCAGUGAAUGUUUCUUCUGAUAAAUCAUCAAAAGAGAAAUUAAGAUCACCUGGUUCUCUAUGCACUACGCCAACUAACCGUCCUACACCAAUCGAUACCACAUCGCCUGUUUGUAUGGGUGAAGAAUACUUUAAACAGUCAUGCCGAAAGAACCUAUUAAAAUCUUCACUUAUGAAAGAACUCAGAAGCUUAUACCCGAUCGAGCCUGAACCUAUUUCCCCUUUGAAAGAUUCGAGGAAGAGAAGGAAUUUAGCUGAUGUUCGAGUCUUGUUCAGCAACCACCUAGACGAGGACAUACUUAAACAGCAGAAAAAGAUCUUGGCUCGCCUAAGUAUCUCCGAGGCAUCAUCUAUUUCGGAUGCGACACAUUUUGUAACUGAUAAUUUUGUGCGCACCAGGAAUAUGUUGGAAGCAAUUGCUUCUGGCAAACCAGUUGUCACACAUUUAUGGCUUGAAAGCAUCGGACAAGUUAAUAUUCACAUCGAUGAAGAAGCUUAUGUAUUGAGGGAUAUCAAAAAAGAGAAAGAGCUUGGCUUUUGCAUGCCGGUUUCUUUAGCACGUGCACGCAAGAGACCGUUACUACAGGGUCGACGAGUUUUAAUCACGCCAAAUACGAAGCCUGGUAAAGAAACAAUCUCACGUUUGGUGACCUCAGUUAACGGUCAGGCAGUUGAGAAAAUUAGCAGUUCUGCUAUGAAGGAUGACAAAUUCCCAGAUGAUUUGUUGGUUCUAUCUUGCGAAGAAGAUUAUGAAAUGUCUGUUCGUUUCCUCGAAAUAGGGGCAGAGAUUUACAGUUCAGAGCUGCUACUAAACGGAAUAGUUACACAGAGGUUGGAUUAUGAAAGGCAUCGGCUCUUCGAAGAUCAUGUUCGACGAACCCGAUCAACCGUAUGGCUGAAGAAAGACAAUAAGUUCCUCCCCGUGACAAAAGUGUAAAUGAAGGUUCCUGCUUUCUUCUUUUUCAGCUUCCUCUGAAUUUUUCUCCGGCACAGUUUUGGUAGGCAUAGAAUUUCGAACAUGGGUAUCUGCUGUAGGGAUUUAGAUAGUGGUUCGCUAUCGGAAUAGCAGCCAUUAUAUAGCGGUAAAGGUACCGUCCGAAACCGUUAUUACAAGAUCACGAUGCGCAUAUUGACUGCAAUAGCGCCUGCAAUACAACCGAAAAUGCGACUAUAAUCGCAAUUUAAAUCCUGAUCUGCAGUCUUGGAAUCAGUUAGCUGUAUAUGGAAAAUGAUUAAGAUGUAUGCUUGUUUCGUUUCCCCCCUGUAAUUUUGUUCGUAAAUAUGACAUCAUGUCUAU